AUGGUGGGUUCUGAACGGGAAGGCGAAAGAACGAGGAAAAACGGGUUCUCCAAGCGUGGUAGGAAAGAUCUGAGAUCUAUCAGAAGGGCCCAGAGAAAUGAGCCUAGAAACGGCUCAAAUGGUUCCGAAGAGGCCAUUGAAGCCGUCCAUUCGCCUCAGGAAGUUCAAACUGGUGCGCCCAAGCAUUUGUCUGAUGUUGAUGAAGAGGCUGAUGACGAAAUGAGCAAGAGAAGGAAAGUUUAUGGAGCCCUUCUGACCAUUCUAAAGUCAGAGCACCCUUCUACCGAGAGGGAAAGUAGGAGGGAAAAGGUUAAUGCUGUAGCGGUGGCCGAAAGUGAGGAGGAGGAAAACCAAGAGAAUGAGGUGGAGCAACUGGAGGAACAGCUGCUGAACGUGGAGGCAGACCCAUCUGAUGAUGAAUUGGAUGGGCCUGUCGAUGACAGCGAAGACGAGCAUGACCCUUUCGAAUCGCAUUUCAACCAAGUACCGGAAAAAUUGAUAGAUGAGAUGGACGCCGCCUUCAAGCAGAAGACAGUAAGUUACAAAUCUGCCAAGAUUCCGAUCGGUGACAACCGAACAUGGAUAUACUCCAAGCCGGUGCUGCCAGACCGCAAGGACGAAAAGCUGGAAAAACCAACGGGCCAUGGCUCCUUGCACCAAUAUGCUAUCAAACAAAGAUUGAAAAUUCAGAACGAUUUGGAUACAGCAGAACUUACAGCGCUACAAAAGAUACUUGUGGAUCCAAUGUUCCAGUACAAUGACCUACUCUAUGAGUACGAAUCGUACGAGAAAGACGAGGAAGAUUAUAGGGACUUGUACGCCUUACAUGUGCUGAACCACGUUUAUAAAACAAGAGACAGAAUCUUGAAAAAUAACCAACGGAUAAGUGAAAACGCAGACGCAGAGUAUUCGGACCAAGGUUUCACGAGACCAAAAGUUCUUAUUGUCGUGCCAACAAGAGACUCAGCUUACCAGGUUGUCAGCAAGAUCGUGGCAAAAUCGGGUGUGGACCAAGUUGACAAGAAGAGCAAGUUUCAGGAUCAGUUUUUCGAAGACUCCGUGCCGCCAGCAUCGAAACCAAAGUCUUUCCAACAUAUAUUCAAAGGUAACACCAACGAUUUUUUCGUUCUCGGGAUGAAAUUUACGAGAAAGGCCAUCAAGCUCUACAGCAACUUCUACCAGUCAGAUAUCAUCAUAUGCUCUCCACUUGGAAUUCACCUGAUAUUGGAGAAUACCGAUAAGAAGAAGAGACAGGACGAUUUUCUCUCAUCCGUGGAAAUAACCAUUAUUGACCAACUGCAUUCGAUAGAAUAUCAGAACAUAUCGCACGUUUUGACCAUAUUCGAUCAUUUGAACAAGAUUCCGCGAGAACAGCAUGACACUGAUUUCGGCAGAGUGAGACUGUGGUAUAUCAACGAGCAGGCCAAGUUGUUCAGGCAAACGAUGAUUUUCACCAAAUACGUUUCUCCCACAGCCAACGCUUUGAUCAACAACAGGUGUCAGAAUAUAUCGGGAAGAUGGAAGAACCAUCGUAUGAUCGAACCAACCGGCUCAAGCAUAGGUAAAUUGGGAUUGAAAGUGAGACAAAUAUUUCAGAGAAUUGACAUGGGUUCCGCUUCCGUUAUAGAGGAGCCUGAUCUCCGGUUCAAGUUCUUUACCAGUGUUAUCAUUCCCUCGAUCGUGAAGUCCACAGGUUACGAAGACGGGAUCCUCAUCUACAUCCCCGACUACGCAGACUUCCUCAGAGUGCGCAACCAUCUGAAGGAGAAGACGACGGUAUUGUUUGGAGACAUCAAUGAAUAUUCGGAUCAAAGACAACUGAACAGCAAUAGAGCGUUGUUCCAACAGGGCCGCGUGAAGGUUCUGCUAUACACCGAGAGACUGCAUCACUUUAGGCGCUACGAGAUCAAGGGGGCGAAAAGCAUAGUCUUCUACCAGCCGCCUGGCAACUCCGAGUUUUAUGGCGAGGUUGUAAGGUUUCUGGCUAAGAGUGCACUGCUAGGUACGGCGGAUUUGAACAUCUCCACCGUUAGAACAAUAUACAGCAAACUGGACGGACUGCGUCUCGAGCGGAUUGUAGGCACCAAGAGGGCUGCGGUACUCACCAGGGGCCAAAACGAAGUAUAUGAGUUCAAAUAG